AUGGAGGACAGGACUGAGAAUCUGAGAUCGGUCUCGGAAUUUGCAGCAUUCCCCCAGGACUUUAGGUACAAUCCUGAGCGAUGCGGAACGUGUUUGAGAACCACAAUUAAAGACGCUCAUCCCGAGGAUGCUGUCUACUUCCAGAAGCAGGUUAUUCCCCCGGGUUGGUUAGCAGGUCCCUUCCUCCGCCCGGCUCCUCGGCCAGCCCGCAGGCCUUGCUGGCUUUCGCCCUGCGCAGUCGGGACGGAACCGAGCGACCUCCGCCCAGCAGCCGCCCUGCCCCCGGUGUGCGCCGCUACCAAGGGGAGGAGGUCGCGGGACGCGGGAUCCCCCCCGCCGCUCGGACGCCUGCGAGAGGCGCGGGAUUGCGCUUUCCGGCUCUCCCCCCAAGGUCUUCAUUUUGCAUCAACUACAACCGGUCUCAAAACUGAGAUCAAAGUGGACACUAGCGAAAAUGAAGUUGUUGCCCCAGACUUCACUAACAGAAAUCCUCGUAACUUGGAGCAGUUGGCCCUGGCUAGGAAGGAGCGUGGCUGGAAGACAACAUGGCCAAAGCGUGAGUUCUGGCAUAGAUUGCGGCUUGAGCGGACACAGCAUUAUAUAGAAGCCUUUGUUGAGCGCUCCAAUGGGGAUGUUGUGGUAUCUGCCUCCACCCGAGAGUGGGCCAUAAAAAGACACUUGUACAGUCCCAAGGGAGUAGCUGCAUGCAAAAACCUUGGCCGUGUAAUGGCACAGCGCUGUUUGGAAGCAGGAAUCAACUUUGUGAACUUUAAAGCCAUUAUCCCCUGGGAAUAUCGUUGUGACUCGAUUCAGGAAUUCGAAAAAGCAAUGGAGGAGGGUGGUGUUGUUCUGCGCGAGCCACGAAGAAUCUAUCGGUAAAAUGGAGACUUCUAGGAAGACUUUCCAAGGAAAAAUGAUCACUUCUUUAAGUCUGUGUAUUAGCACAGUGAAGGACCAGAGCUGGAAAAAAUUGGAAUGUGUCAUCUUAUAAUAAAAUACUUUUAAAUGGGCAAAA